UAAUUGCCAACUGUCAAACGAUAUAAUUAAACCUAGAAUAUUAGUCAGACAAAAAAGAUGUUUUUUUUUUGGUAUAAAUAAACCCAAGAAAUCAUAGAUUGCAAACAGUCGAUACUUUACUCAACUUCAACUGAUCUUAACAAUUGCAAAAUGUUCAAAUUCUUCCUUUUUGGUACACUCGUAGCCUUUGUUGCUGCCGCUGGCCAUGGCAGUGAUGAUGAUGUUCAUGCAGAAGUCAAGCAGCUAAAAUCCGAUGUUCGUCAUGAUGGCUUCGACAUUGCUCUUGAAACAUCCAAUCACAUCAGUCAACAUUCUUCCGGUGAUGAGCAUGGCAACAUUCAUGGUUCCUAUGAAUAUCUCACUCCUGAAGGUGAACACAUCAAGGUGGACUAUGUGGCCGAUGAGAAUGGCUAUCAUCCCGAAAGUGCUGUCUUGCCUACACCACCCCCAGUGCCAGCUCACAUCUUGAAGGCCAUCGAAUAUAUUCGUGCCCAUCCACCCAAGGAGGAGAAGGGUUCACAUCAUUAGGUGGAUUUUCGAAAAUUUUGGAGGAGAUGACACCAUAUAGAAAUAUUGGAUUAGUUGGAACAUUACUUGGAAAUAAAUAGCAUAUUGAGACGAAAA